UACGUAAGAGGACAAAAUUCCCGCUCCCGCUCUUUCUCAAAACCCUAGCCAAUCUCAAUUCCAACUCCUCUGCUGCAGCUUCCCUUUCUUUCCCGAUCGUUCGUUCCAUUCCAUUCCCGAGACCAAUGGAUGAAUCCGGGCAAUAUCAAGCGGCGACGAAUCGGCCAAGGCGAUCGGUUCAAUCAAAGCUCUCAUUCUGCGUCAGUUCUCAAGGCUGCGGACCAAGAACUGUUGCAACGCCACAACCGGAUGCAGUGGCGGACGAUGGAGGAAGCAAUUCAGAAGGGAGACAGAAGAAGGGUAAGAGAAAGAGGAACGAGAAGUUGAAAUCACAGGACGGAGUUCCCGAAGAGUUUGCAGAUAAUGGCAAAGAGGCACAAGAGUUGAGUGUCCACAGGAGAAAAAGCGGUAGAAACUUGAAGAAUAAGCAGUCUGGAGGUGAGACACCUGUGAAGAAUAGAACACCAACUAAAUUUGGGCGCCCUGAGACAAGUUCAAAGAGAAGGAUGUCAAACGGAAAAUCUGAUAAUGUUAAGGAUUCUAAUGCUGAAAGUCAGCCCUUUUGUGAUCUCUGGUCUGAGGCAAAGAAAGCCGCUGAGGAGAACGUUCGGUUAUCUGCUGGAAAGCAAACACAUCCAUUUUUUUCCAUCUGUAGAGCUGCAAAGAGGUCUUCAGACAUUAAAAACUUAGAAAAAUCUGAGAACCGAAGCUCGCUUGGUCUUGAGGGGGAAUACUGCUUCUGGUUUCCUCCGUUACAUGUGGUUGAUAGUGUACAGGAUGAUGUUGCCGUUCCUAAUUGGGAAAACUGGAAAUUUUUAGAGACAAGCCUGCCAAAAUUGGAUGGAUAUUGUAGCAUGAAAAUUUCAUCAGCUAUUGAGGUUUCAACCAAAUCCUUGUUAUUGGAAGCUGCUUGUGGAAAGGACCCUAAGUUGGAUAAUUUAUUAGUUGAUGAGAAAAUGAAUGGUACAUAUAAGACAACAAGUUCUUUUAAAUUCCCAAGUGAGCUUCUUUCAAAAGAGAAGUUAUCUUCCCCCUCUGAAAUGGUCCACGUUGGUUGGAAUUUUUCUCUGUCAUCAGCCCAUGGUAGCAUUGCAGAUGACCAGGAUCAAGAUAAGUUGAACAAUGCAAGGUUGGCAUCAUACUCUAAACGCAGUAUUUGUUGCACGGAUUGCAGCUUAUGGACUGAGAAGUACCGGCCUGAAAUUUCUCUAGAGGUUUGUGGAAAUGUAGAAUCUGUGAAGCUCCUUAGUGAAUGGCUGAAAUCUUGGCAAGAAAGAGUUGUACAGAACAUUCUAAAUGGAAAUCAUAGAAAUCACCGCACUAUUGAAGAUAGUGAAGAUAGUUCUUAUGACCAUGAGUCUGAUAUGGAUGAACUAGAUUAUGGGGACUCGCCAAAAAAUGUGCUGCUGAUUACAGGGCCAAUUGGAAGUGGGAAAUCUGCUGCCAUAUAUGCUUGUGCCAGGGAGCAAGGGUUUAAAGUAAUAGAGGUAAAUGCAUCCAGCCUGAGAAAUGGUGCAUUCAUGAGGCAAACAUUUGGCGAAGGAGUGGAUUCACUUGGACUUACCCACUGGCUAGCAGAGGAUCAAACAAAUCAACAAAGUAAGGAUAUUCAGGAUUUGCAAUCGUGUAUGCCUGUUAUUGCAGAAAAUGGAUUUGCAGCCGAUUCAAUUAACAUGGAUUCAAGCUUAUUCAGUACAGAGAAUGUUUCAGAGAAGAGUUCACAUUUUCACAUUGCAAAUAAAACACUCUUUCUAUUUGAGGAAGUGGAUGUUGUUUUUGAUGAGGAUCAUGGCUUUAUUUCUACUAUAUUGAAACUUGCAGAAACAACGAAAAGGCCCAUCAUACUAACAAGCAAUACCAAGCAGCCUGUCUUACCUAAUCUCCUGGAUCGAGCGGUCUUAGACUUCAAAGCUCCAUCAUACAAUGAACUACUUAACCAUGCAUCCAUGGUUUGUGCUUUUGAGAAGCUUCAUGUAUCCCACAGCCUUCUUGGGCACAUAAUCAAGGCUUGUGUGGGUGACAUUAGAAGAAUACUCUUGCUUCUGCAAUUUUGGUGCCAAGGGUUUCGAGACAUAACUGAAAAGACGAUCCAAUGCACCAAAAGUCCCGUGCCAUUUGAUAUUGAUGCAGUGCAUUUAGCAAUUCCUCAGGUGAUUCCUUGGGAUUUACGAUGUGAACUAUCAGAAAGGGUGGAAGAAGAGAUCAGAAAAACAGUUUCUGCACUGGAAGAAAAUUCUAUUCUGAAUGAGCUUUGGCAACACAAUGUUACAGCUACUGUCCAGAGUAGAAAGAAAGGAAAGUUGAGGAAACAAUCUGUGAUUGGUCGUUCACAGUUUUCAGAUCAUAUGAACCAUCUUGAAGACCAUUUAUAUGAUUCAGAUUCUCCAUCAAAGUGCUUUCAAAGAGUAGCCAAACAAAAACGUUGUGUGGUUUUAUCCUCAGAGUCCGAUGAUGGGCUAUCCUCUGAUGAGGUCAAGCAGAAAGAUUUAUCAGUUAAUCAGAAGCUAUAUUCUGACGAGCUCAAGAAUGAAGAUACAUCAACACAAGCUGAUGGCAACAAUAUUCCAGCUAUCACCACCCCUCCUACUUCAAGAAGUCAGGAAAUAUAUGGGGCCUCUCAACUUGAUCAGAUGGAUGAAUCAAGAAAUGCCCUGGUUUUCCAAAACUCUUUUGACAUUUCUGAAGUAGCAUCAACUUCCCAUGUCUGUGAGACUUCCAGGAUACAAGAUGUGGAUACAUGCAUCUCAGAAUCAUCUUUCAUUUCUGGGAUUGAAACAAACAUGAAUUUUAAGUUAAUCUCCCAGGAAGUAUCACACAACUCUGGGUUCACUAGUUUAUAUGAUUUGAACAUUUCUCCUCUCAUCCAGCCAAGAUUUGAAUUAAAUAGUGCAGAUGGGGAUGGUUCUGAAGUAAGCAAGUUCUUUGAAAAUCAUGUCGGUACAGAUGUACAGACAGAGUUGCUGCAAAGAAAUCAGAAGAUUGGAUGCUUUCAAAAUGAAGAAGAACAUAGACCCAGUCAAUGUCAGUUAGUGAAUGAUUGUAGCCAUCCUGAUUUUAGUGCACCGUCAAUGCCCAGCGAUAGUACUGCAUGCUCCCAUGAAGUUUCGUCAAUUUCCAAUACAUGGAGGAGACUGCGGAGUUGUCAUCAUGAAAACUUGAAAUUAUUGCCAUCAAACUCUAAAGAUGUUUCUUUGGUGGCAAAUCUAACUUCUGGACUUGCUCAUUUGAUAUCAGAAGCAGACAUUAUGUUUAGCAGAUGCAAUCCAAUCAUUUAUGACAAUUUUGAGCCAACUUCCACUCAUUGUGUUGAACCUGAUUCCUUUUCUUGGUAUGAUGAGCAAGUAGAGAUGGGAUCUACCUUUGCUCAGCAUGGACUCUGCUUUUACGCAAUGAAGUUUGCUGCAGCUGGAUCAUGUUUGGGUUGCAAUAACACAUCAGAUUUGGCCCAGGAGAUCUUGGCUGCCAGCACUGGUAGCACUUCUCUUGGAAAGCUACUCACACAGGAAAGCAGUACUGGCCAAAAUUCAUGUUUUAAAGAUUCAAAUGCAAAGGCACCGCCAUCCUUGAUAUCAACUGGAAGGGAAUCAGCAACCGACCUUUACAGCGCCAUCCUUCCUAUAGUUCCGGCAAGGUUGUCUAUGGUAUUAAAAGGUGCUGCAUUUCAUGAAUACUUAUCAUUUGUGGGCCAGAUAUCAAGAUUUGAAUCCUCUCGCCUAGAAGAAAGCUUGGUAGAUAAACAAAAGAAAAGAUCCAGAAGUAGAAUGCACUACUUGUCUUCUGGUGCACAUCAACUCUCCUCAGAACAAGCUGAGCUUUUGGCUCAAAGAACUUGCUUCACGAGAAGCAGCUCCAUAUAAGGUAAAACACAACUAGGAGAUGGAGCUGAUUCAAUAGAUGCGACAUAGCAGAGCUUCAUCCUGUAGGGUUAUUUAUUCUUGGCUUGUCUAUUAGGUUUCAUUUGAGAUGAUUUUUUCAUUGCUUCUUAAAGCUGUUUUCUAGUAAAAAAAUUUAAUUUUUGUACUAAAAAGCUCCUUUAAGAAGCAGAAAGAAAGCUAUACCAAACGAAACCUUAAUGUCCUCUUUAUACUUGAGGAAUCCAGAAAGACCAGCUUCAAAGAGAAAUUAUUCGUAGAUUAGGCAAUAAUGCUUAUUUAAAUGAGUCAGUGCUGGUCUCAGAAUUCCAAGUCUCGGCAGCCGCAAGCAGGGCCUGCGUGUAUAUUUUUUGCUAGGGUAAUUGAUAGCAUCUCGAGCAAAAUCCUAUUCGAGCUCAAUAUUAGCUCAAAGUCAUUUAAUUUGAGAUUAUUUAUUAUUUGAUAUU